AUGGAUGCCCCUCGAAUGGCGUCAAGUCCGAGUCCGAUUCGAGAUAUAGAGACGGAGCACACUCCCAGCGGCCCUGUGAAGCCUGUGAGAUAUACCUCCUCCUCAUCAUACGAAAGUCCUAGAAGGCAUCAGCAUCGAGAACCCACCGCACCGCGCCAUGUCAAGGAAACACUCAAUGCCCGAUCCGAAUAUACAACAAGCCAAGAUGACGGAACUGCGCAACAUCGCAUCAAUCAGUACAUAAUCAAGCAGGAGAUAGGCCGGGGCUCGUUUGGUGCGGUGCAUUUUGCAGUUGAUCAAUAUGGGAACGAAUAUGCCGUCAAAGAAUUCUCCAAGGCCAGGUUAAGGAAACGACAGCAGUCACAUAUGCUUCGACGACCACGGGGACCACAACGUCCAGGGACCGGAUUCAACUCACCGCUCCAUCGUCAUCCAUCUGGAACAGAUGAAAACCAAGAAGGCCAUCCGUUAGAUUUGAUCAGGCAGGAGAUAGCAAUCAUGAAGAAACUCAAUCAUAACAACUUGGUUUCACUAAUUGAGGUACUAGACGACCCAACAGAGGAUUCCUUAUAUAUGGUGAUGGAAAUGUGCAAAAAGGGGGUUAUCAUGAAAGUCGGCUUAGAACAAAAAUCGGACCCGUACGAAGAUGAAAGGUGUCGAUUAUGGUUCCGCGACCUCAUUCUCGGUAUUGAAUAUCUGCACGCUCAAGGCAUCGUUCAUAGGGAUAUCAAGCCGGAUAAUUGUCUCCUUACAUCGGAUGACGUGCUGAAAAUCGUCGACUUUGGUGUCUCCGAAAUGUUCGCUAAGGAUUCUAAUAUGUACACAGCAAAAUCAGCGGGAUCUCCGGCAUUUCUGCCUCCAGAACUGUGCGUUGUCAAACAUGGUGAUGUCUCUGGGAAAGCGGCCGAUAUAUGGUCUAUGGGCGUGACGUUAUAUUGUUUGCGUUAUGGACGUAUCCCGUUUGAGAAGCAGAGCAUAUUCGAAUUAUACGAGUCGAUUCGCAAUGAUGAUUUCAAUCUGGGAGAUGAGCAGGAUGAGGAGUUUAAGAAUUUGAUGCACAGGAUUCUGGAGAAGGAUCCUGCUAAAAGAAUCACCAUGUCAGAGUUACGGAAUCAUCCCUGGGUUACCAAAAAUGGCGAAGACCCAUUGCUUCCCGAGGAGGAAAAUACUGCACAAGUGGUUGAGCUACCUACGGAGGAAGAAAUGGUAUCAGCUAUAACACAUAAUGUCGAGAAUCUCUUCUCAGUGAUGAAAGCCGUCAGCAAAUUCAAGAAACUCGUUGAUCCAUCGAAAGCAGUCCCAGUAAUACACAGUAUCCUCGGCCACGAGCAUGACGCAUACAUGGUUCAACCACCGCUACAAAUCGAACCAGACGAAGGAAUCGAAGCGUUAGGCGUUUUCAAAAAAGUCAUAAAUGAGAAUGAUUUACUCCGGAGAAGCUCAACGAGCACUUCACAAGAGUCAUUCAGGGGACGAUCACCGCAAAGACAGGGCUCGAACGUCGCAAACAGACAGAGCAAAGCGUUCUUCAUGAAAGCUGCGGCAGCAGCUACAACAGCAAAAUCAUCAUCGAAAGAAGGAUCUCCGUGUCGAAGCACAUCUGAAGGAACACGAGGCCACGCCCGAGAUCCAUUAGAAGAAGACCUCCCAUUCCUACAUAUCGGACCAUCAACAUUCACCGGCGAAUUCCCUUCCACCUACGACGAUGGCAACGAACCCAGUAAUGAUAAUAACAACAACGAAAAACUCAAAAGACCAAUCCUCUCCCCCCUAAGCGUGCCAGAUACCUCUAUCGACGGAAUCCCCGAAUUCCCACAAACAGGCACACCAAUCGACACCGACUCCGUGCCAAUUAUUAGCGAAUCACCAGGCGCAUCAGAAAUCGAUAUUUACGAAACAGCCUACCGCGAAGAGAUUGAGCGUAUCAAACGUCGUAGUCUCGCUAGACGGGACUCGGCGGCGACAAAAGUCUAUCUUACGAGACGGGUGGAGAGUAAGAAGAUGCAUUUAGAUGAGGUUUUGAGGAUGGUUUCGUCGUCGUCGUCGUCGCAAAUUCUUGAUAGUCAACAACAUGACCAAAAACAAGAAGGAGAAGAGAAAAUACGUUCGGAGUCGGUUAUUCUUCAAGUUGGUGAUAAAGCAUCGGGUGCUUUUGCUUCUGCUGGGGCGGCUUUUGGGCAUGUUCUGGCGGCGGCAAAAGGAGGGAAAGAGAGUAUGACAGAUAAGGAGAACGAUGGGAGAGGGGUGUUGAAUUGAAGUGUAUACAGUCUACCUACCUGUGGUGAUUGGUGUCAAGCAAAUACUACCAGCAUAAUUACUUUUCUCUCUGGAUCAGAUGAUCAAUUGUUGAUAUUACUUACGACAGCAUUUGUCUAUUUUACUCCGUUCUUAU